GUCUCGCUGGCCGCGCGCUCUGCUGCCCCCUGCGGGCGGGGCGGGGAGCGGCCCGAGGGCGGUAACAGCGGGAGCCGCGUGCUGGAGGGGGCGCAGCGGGGAGCGGGCGGGGCCUGCACCCCAUGAGGGGCCACCAAGCGCCCGCGGAGCGAAGCGUGGGCUCAGAUCCCGCGAUGGUGGCAUUGCUGCUCCGUUACCACAGCAACACGGCCUGCAGGGGGCCCACGGGGGGACAGGCCUCAUCCGUCUGUCCCCUGUCCCGCUGUCUGUCCAUCCUCAGCCUUCUCGAAGUGCUGGUGGCCGUGUGGCCAAGCUCCAAAGGGCGUCGAGGCCUUCCCUACCGUGUGUGGGCAACAGUCAUUGAUGCCCAGGUUGCCCCUGGCCUGUGGCCACCAGCUCGUCUUUCUGUCCAUCAAGAACUGCUUUAAUUACCCCGGGCCCGGAGUCUCCCCGCUGCCGGAUCCGGUUCCCAUCAAUGAUUCAUGCCCCACUGUGGGUGGGGGUUCCUCGGGAGCUGGGCUGGGACCGGGGGGAUUUUCCAACCUUUCCAGCAUUAAAUCGGUGCGGACGGUCCCGGUGGUGGUUGGAGGUGCGCAGAGUGUCCCCGUGGGGGACCAACGCCACUGCCUGCAGAGCUCCGCUGUCCCCAUGGGUGUCCUGAGCUGCAUGAAGUACCUGAUGUUCAUCUUCAACGUGCUGGUGUUUGCCGGGGGGACCUGCCUGGUGGGCGUGGGGGUCUGGGUGGCUGUGGACCCGGCUGGUUUCCAGGACAUCGUGGCUGCCAAGCCUGUGCUGAGUGUGGGUGCCUACCUGCUGCUGGCUGUGGGCAUCGCCCUCUCGCUGCUGGGCUUCCUGGGGUGCUGCGGGGCACUGCGCCGGAGCCGCCUGCUGCUGCUGGUGUUCUUCAUCCUCGUGAGCCUUGUCUUUGUCACACAGCUCGUUGGGGCUGCGCUCUUCCUGGUGCACUGGAAGCAGAUCCGGCCAGAGCUCUUCCUGUCAGAGCUGCGAAGGAACUACUGCGGGGAUGAGGGUGCUGAGGUCUUCUCCGUGGCAUGGAAUACCCUCAUGGUGACGUUCUCCUGUUGUGGCGUUUUAGGGCCUGAAGACUUUGGGAACGGCUCCCGCUUCCAGGAGCUGCACCCAGGGACUCCCUGGCCGCGGGCAUGCUGUGCCCGGAACGGGCUCCUGCAGACAGGAGAGCUGCUGGGCUGGGAGCAGUGCCAGGAGAGGAGCCCUGGCUACAUCCACGAGCAGGGCUGCUUCCCCACCUUCGGCAGGACCUUGCAGAAGUACAUCUCUGUCCCUGGGACGUGCAGCUUGGCUGUGCUGGGCAUCGAGGUACUGAGCAGAGCUGGAGGGGACAAGGCAGGCGAUCUUUGCCAUGUUCUUUGCCUUCUGCCUUUACUACAACUUUGACUGAGCACAAUUGCUGGGAGCAGCUCUCCAGGCCGCUGGCAGCGCAGCAGAGUCAAGCCAAACACUUUGGAAGCAGCAGCAGGCAAGGAUGCUCUGUUUUCUUGUGUAUCUUAGCCCAGCUGUAUAGCUCAGUAGCCUUGUUGAGUCCUGUGUCUGCUCCAGCGGGUGGAUAAGGAUGAGCUGGCUCGCUUCUCCUGGAGCAGGGACAGGGCCCAGGUUCAGUUCUUUAGAACUGGAGACAAGGAGGCCGAGCAUCAGACUUGCUCCUGCUGCAAUCUGCCAGGAAAAUAGCUGUGACGACACAGAGUCCUGCCCCCUAAAAUCUUCUGACCUGCUCUACCACCAGGGCCAGGAUAUCCACAUCCUCCCCUCAGUCUGACUGCCCUGUUCCACCAUUCCUCACACCCCCCCUCCUGCACUGCCCUCCCACACCUCUGGGCCCCUUUUGUCCUUUCCCAGCCCUUCCCUCUCUGCUGGUGCUUUUCACUGUCCAGCUCCUGGAGAUGCAACCCAGCUGCAUUCAAUGGCGCAACCUGCAAAUGGAAUGUAAGAACUGGCUCUCUGGAAGCUUUACAAGCCUUUGCUUCAGGAUCUUUUGAAAACCCCAAGCAAACCAGAAAAAAAAUAAGUAAAUUAAACUUUAUUUAUGUAACU